AUGGGAGUGCACGUCUGGGCGGCCGCGCUGGCUGUGCUGCUGCUUCACCUGCCUCGUCCAGCGUCGUCCAACUGGAUGUACCUGGGCACCCUGGGUGGCCGCAGCGUGGACACGGUAUGCGCGUCGGCUCCGCUGCAAGGGCGCGUUCAGCGCCAGCUGUGCCGCCAGCAGCCGGGCACCGUGGCAGCGGUGGCGGUGGGCGCUCGGCUGGCACUCGCCCACUGCCAGAGGCUGUUCCGCCAUGAACCGUGGAACUGCUCACAGCACAGCUUCGGGCACACGCUUCGCAGAGGAAGCCCCGAGACGGCGUUCCUCUACGCUCUGCAUAGCGCUGGUGUGGCACACACGGUGGCCCGCGCCUGUGCCACGGGCCAGCUGAAGGAGUGUGCCUGCGGGUCAACCGAACCCGCCGCCUCGCAUGGUGCCUGGCGCUGGGGCGGCUGCUCCGACGACGUCCAGGCGGGCCUGCGCGUGUCACGUCAGCUGGGCCGAGCAGCCGAGCGUUCCUCGAGGAGCAGCGAGCCCCUGCGGCAGGCGGCCAACCUGCACAACCUGCGGGCUGGGAGGAUCGCGCUGGCCUCCAGAGUGCGCCUGCGUUGCCGCUGCCACGGCGUGUCGGGCUCGUGCGGCCUGCGGUCGUGCUGGCGCACGCUGUCGCCGCUGGCGUCGGUGGGGCGCCUUCUGCGCAGCCGCUACCGGCGUUCGGUGCGGCUGCGGCGGCCGGGAGACCCUCGCGCGCGGCCCUCGGACCUGGUGCACGUGCGGCCGUCGCCGGACUUCUGCCGCCCGGAGCCCGGCGUGCCCGGCAGCCAGGGACGGCCGUGCGCCGAGCCGACGUCGUGCGGCCGCAUCUGCUGCGGCCGAGGAUUCGAGACGCGCACGCUGCGGCGACUGCAGCGCUGCCGAUGCCGCUUCCACUGGUGCUGCUACGUGACGUGCGACACGUGCGAGAGCAAAGUUCGCCUCUACUCGUGCCGCUGA